AUGUCGCACGUCGUCAUUAUUGGCGCCUCGUACGCAGGAACAAAAGUCGCACACCAAGUCCUCAGACAAGUUCCCAACUCAAAGGUCACUCUGGUCGACCCCUCGGAUGUCUGGUACUACAACAUCGCCGCGCCGCGAAUCAUCGCCAAGCCAAAGGAGGCCAGAGUCGACCAAUACCUGAUCCCCAUCAUGGACAAAUUCAAGCAAUAUCCCGCCACCAGAUUUAACUUUGUGCAGGAUUAUGCCAAAGAAGUUGAUACGAAUGCCAAAGUCGUCAAAGUGGAGAGUGGAAAGGAGAUUGCAUACGACUAUCUGGUUGUUGCUUCGGGAUCCACAACGCCCGGAACUGUAGGCCAAGAAGCCAUUCCUUUCAAGACUACUGGAGCGGAUAUCGGUCAGAGAAUCGAGGCUGCGCAGAAGAGAGUCGCUGCUGCCGAUAGUAUCAUCAUCGUUGGCGCCGGACCAGUCGGCGUGGAAAGCGCUGGCGAAAUCGCCCAAGCAUACCCCAAAACUCAAGUCACUCUGAUUUCUUCGCACGCCCAAGUCCNNCUUCCCAACCUCAAAGCCUCAGCCGCCAAAUCCGCCCACACAAGUCUUGAGAAUUUGGGAGUUAAGAUUGUUCUCUCUGCUCGUGUCACCGAGACAAACCGGGAAAAUGGAAGAUUUACUGUCAACCUCGAUAAUGGCAAGACUCUGGAAGCAGCACUCGUCAUCUCUGCAGCAGGAAACAUUGCAAACACUUCUUUUAUGCCUCGCUCCUCCCUCGAUGCAGACAACUGGAUCAAAGUGGAUAGGAACAUGCGCGUCUCUUCUAUCACCGAUAACACCGUCUAUGCUCUCGGCGACGCAACACACUACAAACAACGCUACUAUCUCAAAAUCAACGAUCAGAUCCCUGUCGUGGUCAACAACAUCAAAAACGCCGUCACCAAAUCUGGAAGUGCGAAGACAUAUGAUGCAAGCGACAAGUUGAUGGUUUUCGUGCCUAUUGGAAGCAAGACUGGUACUGGACAAAUUGGUGGGUUUGUGCCUUUUAGCUUCAUGGUGGCAUUCGUCAAGGGCAAGGAUUAUUUCAUGAGCAAGGCUGCUACUAUGAUUGCUGCGUAA